CUAUCAUCAGGGCAUCUCCGAAUUUAAGAUAUUUAGAGAUCGGCCAUAAUGAUAUUGGUGAUGAAUCAUCAAUUUGUAAUGUUAUUCGUUCCUGCCCGAAACUCCAACAUCUCAACCUUAGCUUUUGUGAAAUUUCUAAUGUAACUAUUAAAGAAAUUGCUCGUUCAUGUCUCAGUUUAAAAUUUCUAGAUUUGGAAGAGUGCAAAAAUAUUAGCAAAAAAAACGUGGGUCAGCUAAAUCCAAAUAUUCAUAUAGAAAAUUUUGAUAAAAAUUACUACUGUUCCGAUUCAGAGUCUUCUAGCUCUGAACCCGAAUCAGAGUUCGAAUCAUCUAGUUCUGAAUCAGAGGAUGGAGUUAUCUAUUAUAAUAAUAUAUCUCCUCCGAUGAUUAUAGACUCAUCUGAUAGCCCGAAUGAUUUUAUUAGCACAUUUAGUGAUUUUCUGUCUAGUGCUUUUCCUAGACAUGGCGGCGGAUCGCAAGACAGAGUAGAAAUUGCGCCUCUUAAUCUACCGAUUUACAGAUCUGAUGUUUGUAAAGCAAACGGCAUGCCUCUGGCCUCAUUCUACAUAAUAAAACAAAUUUCCAUUUAUGGGUCGUUAGUGGCUUUGUAUGGAGCACGAAUGGGG